AUGUCGGCUGAGAAGCGACCCGCGGACGGUGAACCAGGCGCAUCGCAAGUCCUGGUGAAGCGCCAAAAUGUCAACAACUCGGAGGGUGCGCUGGCUCGCCUCAACGCCUCCAGCAAUGCACUGGUGCAGACUGCUCCGAGAACGAGCGCGCUGCAGUCGCCCGUGAUGCAGCUGACGGGCCAUUCUGGCGAAGUAUUCACAGCCAAGUUCGACCCUACAGGGAACCUCAUUGCGUCUGGCUCAAUGGAUAAAAGUAUACUCUUGUGGCGAACCUAUGGCGAUUGCGAAAAUUACGGCGUAUUAAAAGGACACAAAAGCGCGGUUCUGGAUUUGCAGUGGUCUCGCGAUUCUGAGAUUCUGUACUCUGCCUCUGCCGACACCCACCUCGCGAGCUGGGACUUGACCUCGGGUACGAGAAUUCGACGUUACAUCGGUCACGAAGAAGUAGUGAACGCGCUGGACAUUACCCGGCGAGGCGAGGAGAUGCUCAUCAGCGGCAGCGACGACGGCACGAUUGGGAUCUGGGACCCGCGCACGAAGCACGCCGUCGACUAUAUCCAAACAGAUUUUCCAAUCACGGCAGUCGCCAUCUCGCCUGCUGGAAACGAAAUCUAUACGGGAGGCAUCGACAACGACAUCCGGGUAUGGGAUCUGCGCAAGAAGUCGGUUGUGUACAAUAUGGCUGGACACUCGGACACCAUCACAUCAUUGAAAGUGUCGCCGGACUCUCAAUCGCUACUAUCUUACGCUAUGGACUCUACUGUGAGGACAUGGGACAUUCGGCCAUUUGCACCCACCGAGCGACAAAUCCGCACAUUGGACGGCGCGACGUCAGGAUCAGAAAAGAACCUCCUGGGAGCCAGCUGGGACGCUGAAGGCAAGAAGAUUGCGGCCGCUUCAGGAGACGGCACCGUUCUCGUGUGGUCUAGUGAAAAUGGCAAGCUGCUGUAUAAGCUCCCAGGCCACCGCGGCACCGUCAACAGCGCGGAGUUUUCGCCGAAUAAGGAGCCAGUCCUUCUAUCCGCAUCCUCGGAUCGCACCAUGCUGCUUGGCGAACUGAAAUGA